UUUGGAAAAAAUAAAAAUGGAGGGAAAUGGCCAUCAUUUUAAUCACUUUUUCACCUUCAAUCAAACGUAUUUUUAACAAAACGUUUUAAUAAUUCACCUAUACUUCUUUGUGGAGAGGAAUUCUGUAUAAUUCUGCGAACCAUGGCUGCUUUGCCGGCGCAAGUUUCUGGCGCUCCAAAGCGGAAAGAAAUAUAUAAGUAUGAUGCCCCUUGGACAUUGUAUAGUUUAAGUUGGAGCGUACGACAGGAUAAAAGAUUUCGAUUGGCACUUGGUAGCUUCGUGGAGGAGUAUAAUAAUAAGGUCCAGGUUGUUCAACUUGAUGAAGAAACUGGAGAAUUUUCUGUGAAAGGACAGUUUGACCAUCCAUACCCAACCACUAGGAUACUCUGGAUUCCAGAUAGUAAAGCUAUCUAUCCAGAUCUGGUGGCAACAUCAGGUGAUUAUCUGAGGGUCUGGCGUGUUAGUGACAGUGAUGUAAGAUUGGAAUGUCUGCUAAAUAAUAACAAGAAUUCAGAUUUUUGUGCCCCUCUGACAUCUUUUGAUUGGAAUGAGAUUGACCCAAACUUAAUUGGAACAUCAAGUAUUGACACAACAUGCACUAUCUGGGGUUUAGAAACUGGUCAGGUUCUUGGUAGGGUAAACAUGGUCUCAGGACAUGUCAAAACCCAAUUAAUUGCUCACGACAAGGAGGUAUAUGAUAUUGCAUUCAGUAGAGCUGGGGGUGGAAAAGACAUGUUUGCAUCAGUUGGAGCAGAUGGUUCCGUUCGUAUGUUUGAUCUCAGACACUUGGAGCAUUCCACGAUCAUCUACGAAGACCCUCAGAGGGAUCCAUUAUUACGGCUUGGUUGGAAUAAACAAGAUCCGAACUAUUUGGCGACGUUUGCAAUGGAUGCAAUUGAAGUUAUAAUUUUAGAUGUCCGCGUUCCCUGUACACCUGUGGCCAGGCUGAGCAACCAUCGAGGUUGCGUGAAUGGUAUAGCCUGGGCUCCACAUUCGUCGUGUCAUAUUUGCACAGCAGGUGAUGACCACCAGGCCCUGAUUUGGGAUAUUCAGCACAUGCCACGCGCCGUGGAAGACCCUAUACUGGCCUAUAAAGCGGACGGAGAAAUUAAUCAAAUACAGUGGGCAAGUACUCAACCAGACUGGAUUGGUAUAUGUUAUAACAACUCUUUAGAAAUACUCCGUGUUUAGACACGAAAUGAGCGUUGGGGUCGUCUCUGGGUGCAUUUGCCUGCGAGCAGGCUCGUCAUCUUAGAGGACGCGUGUUUUGGCAAAUUUGAGUAGUUGUAGUACAUGAAGUAUUAGUCUCGGAUCGGUAGGAAUUGGCUCAGUCUAGGCUCAGGAUAGCUUAAACUAGCAAAGGAACUGUACUAUAGUGUAGUAUUUCUCACACAAACUAUGUCUGGACUUGCAUCAUUGUCUUCAUCGCUAGCGAUGUAAUUCAAUGAACAGCUUUAACCAGCACAUCAUCAAGUCCUUUAAAAAAAACUAUCUUGUCUGUACCCAGCUAAUAAGCUUAUCAAUGAGCGAUUGUAUAUAAAAUUAUAAAUAUUAGCUAAGAGCAGCAUCAGCUCUUAGUUUAAAAGCAAAAAAUUGUUCCUUAUAGCAUUUCAGCACUGUGUGUAAUUAUUUUCUUGAAGGUGGUGCAUGUGAUAUCACGUUUUACUGGUGCAGGAAAAUUGUGGGAUUCUAUGAUUUUUCGUGACCACAUUUUUUUGUUG